UAUGAUAUGGGGGAUUUUGAAUGGCUGGAGACUGCCGGCCUAUCAUUGCUUGCUGUUGCCCAUCCCUCCGUAACCUGCUCACUCCCAAGCAUUACAGGUGUACAACCCAAAUUCUUGUUCUCCUUGUUGAGGGAAGAUUCCCUUGUUGGAUAUAAAGAACCUCAUUGGCCACUCCUGUGACAACUGGGUUAUCGCGCUGACAUAUUUGUCUUGGAUACAACUCGUAUACUACAACCCUGAGGCGUCUGCCUCUGCUUUCAAGACUUGGCCUCUGCUCUCUUGAUUUCUUCACAAUGGCUAUGUACCAGAUACCGUCCCCGGCUCGCUCGAUCAACUCCGGAAGGGAUUUGGACCACGGCAAUCCUCUGACAAUGUUUCCUGACACUGCCCCCAAAACGGUGUCUACUUCGUUUAAUUGUGUUCGCAUGGAAGCCACAGCAGUUGCCCUUAAGCCUCGGAAUGCCAUGGCUCUCUCCCAGUAUCCGUACCCUCCCAGGAUGUCACACGGAAGCACUCUUGGUAAAGGGCAGGCUUGCAGGGAGUGCCGAAAACUCAAAACUGUGAGUGAUAUUCCAGCCUGUCCGGUCAUACACCACGCCACUCAAUGCUCUUGGCCCCUUCCCCCGUCUACUGCCUUACCAAAUUACUGCUCCGCUUGCUGGUAUCAGAAAUGUACUGGCGGCCCCAUAUGUGCCCGUUGCGAUCGCCUGCGCAGGGAGUGUGUUUUCGAGCAGAUACCUGUCAGGAAGACCCGCAUCCACCCCCUUGCGACUCGAAUGGCCAAAGUCGAGAGUGAUCUCGAGCGAACCAUAACGCGGGAGAUGGCCAUAAACUUCCCUCGCUCCCAUUCUGGAAUGUCACACGCACUUGUCUGCCGUGCGAAUGCGGGUGAGGUAGAGGUCGGUCUCACUCCACCGCCUGCUCCAAUGUCGAUGAGAACACGACUCCCUAUCUAUCCUUUCCUUGACCUCAAUGUUCUGGAUGAAUACAAUUUGGACCCAGAUGCAUUCAAGGGUGGGGUUGUGACCAAGGUGCUCAACGAGGGUUAUGAAUCCGUCGAGUCACGCACCUCUCUAGAAGAAAAACUGCUAAGGUGGAACCCAAAGAUAUGUGAUGCACCUCUCGAACUCAUUGAUGAAUUGGUUCGAGUUUUCAUGCCUCUGCGAGGACACUUCCAUUUCAACGUCAAUGUGAUGGAUUUCAUGUCCCGCCUACAUCUUCCACAAGAUGAUCCGCGAGCUAUCCAUCCUUGCCUUAUCUCCGCCAUUUGUCUCGCAGCAUGUUCGUUCAUACUGCCACUUGGGUCUGAUUCCCCAUCGUUCACCCUGCCUGUGCCAUCUAGUUCAACAAAAGACUCUGGCCCACAGCCAUAUAUGGCCGGUGCCUCUCCAGCAGACACCACCGGCACAUCUUCCACAUCCUCCUCUGCAUACACUCCGUCUAGUUCGUCGACAAGCUGGACUUCUUCCCCUUCCUCCACGGCUACCACUUUUGACAGUCCUUCUCCCUGUCCCGAACCGCCCACACUUUCCGCGUAUGAGCCUCACUUCCUCGACCUCACUCGCAUUCACCUCACUUCAUCCCUUUCACUGUGUGACCGGCUCUCGCAUUUCAUCUGGGCGAGCAUCAUCCUUGGGUGCUACUAUGGUCAGGUUGGUCGUGUCGUGGAAUCCUAUAGCACCAUGGGCGCCACCGUGCGUUUCGCUGUUGCAUGUGGAUUACACCGACGGCCGUACUUACCCUCUCGAACAACUAUCGCGAAGACAAGGGAUCCGAGUAAAAUUGGCGAAGAGGAGGGCAGUGUCAAUGCGAUCGAUUUACCGGAUACGGACACGAUUUUGACCGAUGAGCCAAAUGCUAUGUGGUAUGCCAUUUACAUGACAGAUGCUGCUAUCAGUGCGGGGACUGGUUUGCCAUCAAGUUUGCCAGUUGACAGCCUUACGUCAUUCGAAGCCCUUUACCCACCGCAGUCAAUAUCGGUAUGGUCACACGUUCUCCCAUCAGUGAGCUUGCACUCCUUUAACACUCCUGUGUAGAUACGUGGCCCCUAUGGCAGUGCAUUGUGGUUCAACGUCAAGGUCAUAUGCCUGUACGCGAAGACACGCGAAUUUCUAUAUGCAUUGGGAGGUCUGUACUUUGGCCGAGUUCUGUCGAUGGGUUUCUGAGCUGUGUUGAUCACUC